AUGCAUCUUUGGAAUAGCACGGAAAGCAUCAGCAACCAGAGUGUAUGUUCGAAGCCGUGCAUGGUUUCUUGGCGAACGGACACGCCACUUUUCUGUUGGUCCGUCUCCCGCAGGUGGGAAUACGAAGCAGACAUCAUGAGGUCCCAACUCUCCAACGGUGCGGGUAUCUUCGCGUGCGACAGCUUCGCGGUAUUGAGCGAGGAGAACUGGACCGUGGGCCGCGGCCCCGGCGAACGCAUCGGAGAGGUAAACACGGUGGUCUUCCAGGGCGCGCCGGUGGGCCAGUCGAAGGACGGCACUGCUGGGAAUGCAGAGUUGUUCAUCCACGCCUGGGAUGCCCUGAUGACGAAGACUUUUGCUCUGCAGUACGACUUCGUGGUGAAGGUUGACCCCGAUGCUAUCAUCGUUGCGGACAGGCUCAGAGACCAUCUGAGGCCGUACGUUUGGCAGCCCGCCUAUAUCAGGAAUUGCAACGCCUGGCCAGGCGACUCAGACUUUCCCAUGAUGUUCGGUGCUCUGGAGGCGAUUUCGAAAGAGGGGCUCAGGAUGUACAAAGACAACAUGUGGCGCUGCCAGACAGACUUCGACUCUUGGUGGCGGUCAUGGGGCGAAGACCUUUUCAUGCACAAGUGCCUGCGGCAUCUCGGAGUCGGCCCAAAAGAUGACUUCAGCAUCAUCGGCGAUGGUCUGUGCAAAAAAGACAACAAUUGCGCCAACUCGGGGUUCGCGGCCUUCCACCCUUUCAAGUGGGCGGAUGGGUGGAUGAAUUGCUGGUGGACGGCAACGUCUCAGGGCGUGCCGAAGCCAGGGCUGCCAGAGCUCUGA